ACCGUUAGCAGUGGGACCGGGAGCCUGUGUGGAGGACGUUGUGGAGCUCAGUGAUGUUCAGAAGAAUUAUUUUAUCAGUUUCUAACAACAGAAACGUUUUAAAUUCUUCAUUUUCUCCCACGUUCAGAUCUACAGCAUGUAAAGACUCAGUCUCAGCCCCUGGAAUCAGGGGAGCAGUUGAGGUGAACCACAGGACGUUUGGGACGACCAGCGUCACUCUGUGUGAAAGUAAAAAUGGAGAGAAGAACGAGGAGCUGCAGCCUGAGCUGGAUAAAGACGCUGAGAAACAGAAACCUGCCGAGAAGAAAACCGAACACGUCCUAAACACAGAAGAAGCAAACAAACCUGAAGCUUCACAGCGGGACGCUGAGACGGCAGCAGAUCAGGAGGUGAAGACGAGUAAGGAGGGUCUGCUGGAGCUGCUGGGAGCCAUGAAGGUGGACAUGACCACCAAACGCAGACUCAAGUCCCUGAAGAAAGCUCCGAGUGAACAGGAUCCUGCUGGGAAGCCCAGGAGGGUGGAGAUGGAGAGCACCAGCAGCAUGUUCCAGCAGGCCACGUCCACACAGAGUAAGAGUCUGAGUCCUGAGCUGGUUGCUGCGGUAACCGCCGCCGCCUCCACGCUGCCGGACCGAAGCAGAGCCGAAUCAGAACUGCUGAAACAACUGCGCAAACACGAGGCCGUCUCAGAGGAGAGGAGGAGCGCCGACACCCAGAACAUCGGGAACAUCAUCACUGACAUGAAGGUCGGCAGGAAACCGGGCAGCAGGACAAACGGCAGACCGGCCAAUCAGAUUCGCUUCGAUGACGAUGGGCGGGGCUACACACACGACCGCGGCAUCACCGGGGAGCUGGCAGGAAUCCGCCGGAGGAAAACGGCGUUUUCAGCGAAGAGGUUAAACAUCUUCAGUCCUGCUGCAGACCAGGAGACUCACUCACAGCUGGCCGCAGGUCCUUCCCUCUGGGAUGCUGAUUUAGCCGAGCAGAUAACGCAGGCAACCAAUCAGAGAGCUCGGAAUGGAUUUGAGGAGAUGAUCCAGUGGACCAGAGAAGGAAAGCUGUGGCAGUAUCCCAUCAACAACGAGGCGGGUAUGGAGGAGGAAGCGAAGGUCCCGUUCCACGAGCACGUGUUCCUGCACCGGCACCUGGAGGACGGGUUCCCUCAGCACGGCCCCGUCCAGCACUUCAUGGAACUGGUGGUGGCCGGACUCUCCAAAAACCACCAGCUCACCGUCAGACAGAAGCUGGAGCACAUCACCUGGUUCAGAGAUUACUUCCAGCAGAACCAGGAGAUCCUGAACGAGGCGGAGGCCUGAUCCUUCAGAUCCUGCACCGACACAAACGUUCCUCCACGUUCCUCCGGCUCUGAACGUUCCUCCUCUGUACUGACGGCAUGAUGAUCAGCACGAGUCCAUCAUUAAUUUAAUCAUUCAAUGAACCUCAUGUGAAUAAAAUCUGAACUUUAUUCUGA